GCAGCCCCGCCGGCCCCCUCCGCCGCCGCCUCCUGCAGCCGCCCCCGCCGCUCGCCCCCGCCAUGCCCGGCCCGGCCGCCGGCAGCAGGGCCCGGGUCUACGCCGAGGUGAACAGCCUGAGGAGCCGCGAGUACUGGGACUACGAGGCGCACGUCCCGAGCUGGGGUAAUCAGGACGAUUACCAACUGGUUCGGAAACUCGGCAGGGGAAAAUACAGCGAAGUCUUUGAGGCCAUAAACAUUACCAACAACGAGAGAGUGGUUGUGAAAAUCCUCAAGCCAGUGAAGAAAAAGAAGAUAAAACGAGAGGUUAAGAUUCUGGAGAAUCUGCGAGGUGGCACCAACAUCAUUAAGCUGAUUGACACUGUCAAGGAUCCAGUGUCAAAGACCCCAGCUUUGGUGUUUGAGUACAUCAAUAAUACAGAUUUUAAGCAACUGUACCAGAUCCUGACAGACUUUGAUAUUCGGUUUUAUAUGUAUGAGCUGCUCAAGGCCCUGGAUUACUGUCACAGCAUGGGGAUCAUGCACAGGGACGUCAAACCCCACAACGUCAUGAUAGACCACCAACAGAAAAAGUUGCGGCUCAUAGACUGGGGUUUGGCAGAGUUCUACCAUCCAGCUCAGGAAUACAAUGUCCGCGUGGCCUCGAGGUACUUCAAAGGACCGGAGCUCCUUGUGGACUACCAAAUGUAUGACUAUAGCUUAGACAUGUGGAGUUUAGGCUGCAUGCUGGCCAGCAUGAUCUUCCGAAAGGAGCCCUUCUUCCAUGGCCAGGACAACUAUGACCAGCUGGUUCGCAUUGCUAAGGUUCUGGGCACAGAUGAACUGUAUGGGUAUCUGAAGAAGUACCACAUAGAACUGGAUCCGCACUUCAAUGAUAUUCUGGGACAGCACUCGCGAAAACGCUGGGAGAACUUCAUCCAUAGCGAGAACAGACACCUGGUCAGUCCUGAAGUCCUGGACCUUCUGGACAAACUUCUGCGAUAUGACCAUCAACAGAGACUGACUGCCAAAGAGGCUAUGGAGCACCCAUAUUUCUACCCGGUGGUGAAGGAGCAGUCCCAGCCCAGCUCAGAAAAUGCCGUGCUCUCCAGUGGCCUGACAGCAGCACGAUGAAGACUGGAAAACAACGGGUCCGAUGCUGUUCCUCCCAAUUUUCCAUAAGCAGAACAAGAACCAAAUCAAACGUCUUAUCAGCGUGUGUACAGAGCUGGCGGCCAGACGGCGUUGCGGUGGCAGGGGACGAGACCAGAGACCGCACCGGCUCCAUGGCACCCACCAGUUUAUAAACACAAACCUUACUUCUGAAUGUAAAAGGUUCCUCUGCCUUUGACUUCCUGUUGACCUCUUCUUGACCCAGAAAGCAUGGAAAAUGUGAAGGGUAUGCAAAACGGUUGUUGGCUAAUGUUGCUCCCCCCCAUGCUGACCUUUGCCCCCCCUGAACCCCAGCAUAACGUAUUAACUAGCUGGCUCCAGACUUGAUGCGGCAGGGAGGGGGCAGCGGGGGGAAAUACGGCAUGAUGGACAGUUCUAUAUUAUAAUUAAAGGAAUUCUAUAUUAUUGAAUAAAAGUUUUAAAAGAAAUGUAUGGAGAGUAUUCAGUGUGGAAGGAGCCCUGGGGCAUGCCCCCCUCAGUGGAGGAUGCUGAGGCUGGUCAGAGCCCUUCCUGGUGCUGUCUCCUGCCAUUCGCUUGUUUUCUGUGGUGGGAAGAGAGUGAAUCUGUUGUACAAGGGUGGGCUAGAGCCCGCCGCCUCCAGCUACUGGGCGGGCUUAAGCAGCCGGGCUACUGGAGGACAGGACCUCGUAAAUCGAUAGGAAAACUCCACGCUGGGCCUAGCAUCUUUCCCUCAAUAUCAAGCUCCUUCGGAGGCCUGGAUAAACACUAGACGCUUGGUCCCCCAUGUGGUGUCUGCACUGCAGCAGAGGGUGAGACUGGCUGCCACUUUUAGCUAGUAUCCCAUUUUCCUUCCCCCUGCCUCUGAAGGAAUGGCAGAGCCAGGAAAGGCGCAAAUGCUUUCUCCUUCCCUACCCCAGCUGAGAAGGAUGUGGUACAGGGUGGGGUCUCUCAAGAGAUGCCCUAAUCAAGGGAGGCCUUUGCAACUAUAGUUCAAGAUCUGGCUGCCUGGAGAUCUCAGCUGGAUUUAAAAAAGGAUAAGGAGAUAGCCCCCGUGUCUGCACCAACACCCCUGCCAUGGACACACACAAUGGGUGACUUCAGUCCUCUGAGCCUCUCCCCUGCUCAGGAGGGCUGGGGCAUUCUCAUUAAUCCUAAACACAGCAGACUCCUUAUCCUCACAGUUCUCUGUGGGGACCACUGAGCCCUCCUUCUGUCUGUCUCCCCCCCCGCCCCCCAAGGACCCCCGGGCAGAACCAGCAGUGCUCACAAUGCUUCCUCUUUAGUGACUGCUCCCUGGAGCGCUUCUGACUUCCUCCUCGGCCACUGCCUCGAGCUACACCUCCAUUUGGGUAGUGAAUCGAACGGGCUGGUGGAGUAAACCAGGGCUUUCUCCCUGCUCCUUCCGUCCCUCUAACCCCCGCUCAUAUCAACCCGCCUUCCUGCUAGCGGUAGUGGUGCCACUUGCGUUUCCUGACACCCUCGGUUAAGGAAGAGAUCUCUGUCGGACGGGUGGGCACGUCCUGGUCACGGCAGCCAACUCCUCACCUGCUCAGUCGUCAAGUGUUUAUCCCAGCUGUGUCUCUGCACUGGGCAGGCAGCAUUUCCGAGCCAGUGAGCUUGACUUGAAAUUAACAAACCCAGACGCUUGAAGCUACUUUUUAAAACCCCAGCAGGACUCCAAUUCUACUUUGUCAUUUCUUUUCUCGGGCCCUCCUCUCUGCCUCCAGCUCCCCUUGCCCUCCUCUCUGCCUCCAGCUCCCCUUGCAUAGUUUUUAUCCAGCGCCUUGGUACUGAAGCUGUCUGUUGUAAGGCUACCUCUGAUAUAAGGCUAUCUGCUGUAUGUUUUGUCUCCUGGCUCUUUGGAAGCUCAUUAUAAAUACCUCUUUAUAACAAGCACCUCCCUGUAAUGUACGUUUAGUAUCUUCUAAGCCUUAUAGAAGUGGUGCUAUGUAUGUGUGCGUGUGUAUAUAAACUCUGUAUUUAUUAUCUGUU